AUGACCCAAGUCACUGCCACCAAUGGUCACCACACUAACGACCACUCCACCAUGAACGGCUCGAACGGCGUAAACGGCCAUCACAGCGUCAACGGCCAUCACAGCAAUGGCACCAACGGCCAAACCAACGGCCACACCAAUGGCCACACCAACGGCCACACCAACGGCCACACCAACGGCGCCAACGGCGAGAGCAAGUCCAAGAAGCAGCAAGACUUCGAGCCCAUCGCCAUCUGCGGUAUGGCCUGCCGGCUGCCGGGCGGUAUCCACUCGCCGGAGGAGCUGUGGGACUUCCUGGUCGAGGGACGGGACGCGCGGACACGGGUGCCGGCGAGCCGCUUCAACAUCGAUGCGUACUACUCGGCGACCAAGAAGAGCGGCACGACCAACAGCCAGCACGGUUACUAUCUCGACGAGAGCGUCGACCUCGCCGGGCUCGACACCUCCUUCUUCUCCAUGUCGCGUACCGAGGUCGAGUGGCUCGACCCCCAGCAGCGCCUUAUGCUCGAGGUUGCCCGCGAGUCUCUCGACGACGCCGGUGAGGUCGCCUGGCGCGGCAAGGAGAUCGGCGUCUACAUCGGCUCAUUCGGCCAGGACUGGUACGACAUCCUCCAGCGCGACCCGAUGCGCCACAACCCCGUCUCAGUCGUCACCUCCCACGACUUCAUGAUCUCGGAGCGUAUCUCCCACGAGAUGGACCUUCACGGUCCUAGUAUGACCAUCCGGACGGCCUGCUCGUCCGCCCUUGUCAGUCUGAAUGAGGCCUGCAUGGCGAUUGGCAAGGGAGACUGCGAGUCCGCCAUCGUGGGUGGCACCAGCCUUAUCCUGGCUCCCGACAUGAACACGAGACUGUCGUCGCAGAACAUCCUCAGCCCGGACGGUUCGUGCAAGACGUUCUCAGCCGAGGCCAACGGCUAUGGCCGUGGCGAGGCUAUUGUCUCUGUGUUUGUUAAGUCGCUGAGCGCUGCUCUGCGCGACGGCAACCCCAUCCGCUCCGUCAUUUCGGGGUCCGCUGCCAACUUCGACGGUAAGACCAACCCGCUGACCACCCCCAGCGCCACCGCUCAGGAGACCCUGAUCCGACGGGCUUACGACGUCGCCGGCAUCUCGGAUUUCUACAAGACGGCCGUGUUCGAGUGCCACGGCACCGGCACUGCUACGGGUGAUCCGAUCGAAACCAAGGCCAUCGCCGCCGUCUUCGGUGACCACGGCAUCGUGCUGGGCGCGGUCAAGCCGAACCUGGGCCACUCGGAGGGCGCUUCGGGCCUGACCGCCGUGCUCAAGGCCACGCUGGCGCUCGAGCACAAGACCAUCCCGCCAAACAUCAAGUGCUGGCCGCUCAACCCCAAGAUCCCCUUCGAGAGCGCCAAGCUGACCGUCCCCUCCGAGCCCAUGUCCUGGCCCGUCGGCCGCGACGAGCGUGUCAGCAUCAACUCGUUCGGCGUCGGCGGCUCCAACGCCCACACCAUCCUCGAGUCCGCUACCAGCUACCUCGAGUCGCGCCGGCCCAAGCCGGAGGCGACCAAGGUAGGCAACGACACGCCGCAGCUGCUCCUGUUCUCCGCCAAGACGGCCCACUCCCUCAAGGAGAUGACGGCCAAGUACCAGACCUGGAUGGGCGAGACUCCUCCCGCCAAUCUCGCCGACGUGUCCCACACCCUCGCGAACCGCCGCGAGCACAACGCCCACCGCUCCUUCGCCAUCGCGUCGGGCGAGUCCCUGAACAUCGCCACAUCUCUGCCGUCGCGCGAGGGUAGUGGGCCAUCCUCCAUCAUCAUGGUCUUCAACGGACAGGGUGCCGCCUGGCCGCAGUGCGGACGGGACCUGCUGCUGACCAACCCGACCUUCACGGGCACGAUCCGCAAGCUGCAGGCACACCUCAAGACCCUCGGUGCCCACGCCCCAUCCUGGUCGAUCGAGGAGGAGCUGCUCAAGCCCGCGCGCACGAGCCGCAUCUACGAGGCCGAGUUCUCGCAGCCGCUCUGCACGGCGCUGCAGAUCGGCCUGGUGGACGCGCUGGGCGCGCUCGGCGUCCGGCCCUCCGCCGUCGUCGGCCACUCGAGCGGUGAGAUCGCCGCCGCCUACGCCGCCGGCGCGCUGACCGGCGAGGAGGCCAUCACGGUGGCGUACUACCGCGGCGUCACGCCCGACGAGCAGAAAGACCAGAAGGGCGGCAUGGUCGCCGUGGGCCUCGGCUGGGACGAGGCCGCCAAGUACCUCGUGCCCGGCGCCGUCAUCGCGUGCGACAACUCGCACAGCAGCGUCACGCUGUCCGGCGACCUCGACGCCCUCGAGACCGUCACCGCCGCCAUCAAGCAGGCGCACCCGGGAGUUCCCGUCACCACGCUCAAGGUCGAGAAGGCGUACCACUCGCACCAAAUGCUCAGCGCGGGCGGGGACUACCGCGGGGCGCUCGAGGACGCGGGCGUCGUGGGCAAGAUGCCGUCGGUGCCCUUCUUCUCCAGCGUGACCGGCAGCCGGCUGGCCGACAGCAAGCUCAGCCAGCUGGGGCCCAAGUACUGGGAGGCCAACAUGGUGCGGCCGGUGCUGUUCAAGGCCGCCGUGGGCGCCAUCCUCGCGGCCAAGGACGUCGUGAACGAGGUCUUCCUCGAGCUGGGCCCGCACUCGGCCCUCGCCGGCCCGCUGCGCCAGAUCCUGACGGCCGAGUCGAGCAAGGCGCCCUACGUGGCCACACUUGUGCGCCGCCAGAACAGCGCCGAGAACCUGCUGCAGGCCAUCGGCAAGCUUUUCGUCUUGCAGGUGCCUCUCGACCUCGCCAACCUCGUGCCCUCCGGCGCCUGCGUCUCCGGCCUGCCCUGCUACCCCUGGGACCAUCAGCGGCGGUACUUGUUCGAGUCGCGGCUGGCCAAGGCGUGGCGCGGCCGCGAGUACCCCGAGCACGACCUGCUCGGAACGCGGCUGGCCGAGAGCACGAGCUUUGACCCGACGUGGCGCAACCUGCUGCAGGUCAACGUGACGCCGUGGCUGGUGGACCACAAGGUCGGCGAGAGCAUCGUGUUCCCUUUCGCGGGCUACGUGUCGAUCGCGGCCGAGGCCUGUCGGCAGGUGACGGGGAUCGACGACGGCGUCAGCUUCCGCAACAUCUCGGUCAGCUCGGCGCUGGUGCUGGAUGAGAACGCGUCGACUGAGAUUGUCACGACGCUGCGCCGCGUGCGGCUGACUGACAAGCUCGAUAGCGAGUGGUGGGAGUUCUCGGUGGCCUCGCACAACGGCCACAUCUGGAUCAAGCACUGCUGGGGCGAGGUGCGCGGCGAGACGGUGGCACCCACCGUCGACGUCGCCGAGCCGAUGCUGGACCUGCCCCGCCGCGUCGAGGGCACCAAGUGGUACGACAUGGCCCGCGAGCAGGGCCUCACCUACGGGCCGACCUUCAACACGAUGGAGGACGUCAAGACGUCGACGCAGUGGCCGCACCGCGCCACCGCCAAGGCGCGCAACAAUCGCUGGGGUGACGAGGCCGAGUACCACAUCCACCCCAUCAUCCUCGACACCCAGUUCCAGCUGCUCAGCUGCGCCCUCACCCACGGCAUCUCGCGCACGUACCAGCGCACCGUCGCCUCCAGCAUCGAGAACAUGACCCUCAUGCGCUGCGCCGACGACAUGCUGCAGAUGUCGGUCAUCUCCGAGCCCACCGCCGAGGGCAUCAUGGGCUGCGGUACCGUGUACUCGGGCUCCAGGCCCGUCCUGCAGGUCACCAACUACCGCGGCGCCGCCUUCGAGGAGGCCCCCGUCGAGGACGAGAACAACACCUCCAUAACCGCCCGGUGCGUCUGGGCGCCCCAGGCCGACUUCAAGGCCCUCGGCGACCUCAUCCACCCCCCGCGCGACCAAACCGAGUGCUCGGAGCUCCUGGACGAGCUGUCCCGCCUGGCCAUAGCCCACAGCCACCGGGUUGCCACGAGCGUCGCCGUGCAAGCCCCGCACCUGGCCAAGUACAAGGAGUGGCUAGCCCAGGCCGUCGCCUCGGACCUGUCGAGCUGGGACGCGUCGGCGCUGACGACAAAGUUCUCGUCGCUUCUCGCGCGCCUCGACGACACACCGUCCGCGCCAGCGGCCAAGUCCGUCGCGUCCGUGAUGCAGAACAUGGGUGCGCUACUUCGCGGCCAGACAACGGGGCUCGACGUCCUCAACGCCGACGACAGCCUCGCGCAGCUGAUGACGUUCACGCCCUCGGCCGACUACGCCGGCUUCCUGCGGUGCUGCGGGCACACGAAGCCGAGCGCGCGGGUCCUCGAGUUCAGCGCCGGGUCCGGCGACGUCACCGCCUCGCACGUCAGAAGCCUGGUGCGCGCCGACGGCAGCCCGCUGUUCUCGCGCUACAGCAUCGCGACCUCGUCGCCCACGCUCAAGGACACGCUCAAGGGCGUCCCGAACCUCGAGUUCGUCACGCUCAGCGCGGCCGACAACCUGGUCGACCAGGGGCUCGAGGGCGCGCAGUUCGACCUGAUCAUCGCGCCAGGCGUCGUCAGCGCCUCGGACAACAUGCGCGCGACGCUGCAGCACCUGCGCGAGGUCCUUAGCCCGACCGGCCGCCUGCUGAUCGAGGAGGCCAAGCCCGCGACGGCGUGGCGCAAGUUCGUGCUCGGCACGAUGCAGCGGUGGUGGGCGCACGCUGAGGACGAGCGGGCCGACGGGCCCGCCGUCGACGCCGCGCGGUGGCGCGCGGACCUCGCUGCCGCCGGGUUCGCCGACGUUGAGGAGGUCGACCUGGGCCGCUGCGCCAACUACCUGGCGGUCGCGCGGCCGGAGCAGAAACCGUCCCCCGCGAAGCGCAUCACGCUGCUGUGCCGCGCCGAGGCGCCCGCGGCCUUCGUCGCCGAGCUCGAGACCCGCGGGUACCAGAUCGAUCGCUGCGUGCUGGGCCAGGCGCCGCCGGCGGGUCAGGACGUGGUCGCGCUGCUCGACGAGGGGGAGCCGUUGUUCGAGAAGAUUGACGCGGGCACGUUCACACAGUUCAAGGGCUUCGUGCGCGCGGUGCACGAGCAGGGCGCGGGGAUGCUGUGGGUGACUCGGCCGGCGAGCGUGGGGUGCAAGGACCCGCGGUGGGCGCAGGCGAUCGGGGCGAUCCGCACGCUGCGGUCGGAGCUGUCGGUCGACAUCGCGACGUGCGAGAUCGAGUCCGCGGCGCAGGGCAGCGCCGUGCUGGCCGACGUGCUGGCCAAGUUCCAGACGAGGCGCGAGGACGGCGUGCUUGGACCCGACUAUGAGUAUGCCGUGCGCGACGGCGAGGUCCUGGUCAACCGCAUCUUCCCCUUCUCGCUCGAGCAGGAGUUGGUCACCAUGGACCAGUCCAACGAGGCCUGUGUCACCAUGACCCAGCCGGGUCUCCUCAACACCCUGACCUGGUCCUCGACGUCGGCUAUUGAUCCCAAGGACGACGAGAUCGAGCUGGAAGUCCACGCCACUGGACUGAACUUCCGAGACGUAUUGGUCGGUAUGAAGAUCAUCCCGAGCGCGAAGGAGCCUACCUUCGGAUACGAAGCAGCUGGUAUCGUACGCCGGGUUGGUAAGAAGGUGACGAAGCUCAGCCCCGGCGACCGCGCCAUCAUCGUCGGCGCCGGCACGUUCAGCACCGUCGUCACCAUCUCGGAGAUCCUCUGCGAGAAGCUGCCCGACAACAUCAGCUUCAACGAGGCUGCCGGUAUUGGCACAAUCUUCUCUACCGCCGUGUACAGUCUUACCAACUUGGUGCACAUUACCAAGGGCCAGGUUAGUCACUUCCACCCCGUCACCGCGUCGAGAGGGGGAACCAGGUCCACUGACGCGAUAUUGCAGUCUGUCUUGAUCCACAGUGGUGCCGGUGGUGUCGGUCUUGCCGCCAUCCAGGUUGCCCGGAUGCUGGGUGCCGAGAUCUACACCACGGUGGGCAGCGAGGUCAAAGUCAAGUAUCUGAUGGACACCUUCGGCAUCCCCAGGAACCGGAUCUUCAACUCCCGCGACACCAGCUUCGUCGACGACCUGCUGCGCGAGACCGACGGCAAGGGCGCCGACGUCGUACUCAACUCCCUCAGCGGCGAGCUGCUUCACGCCACGUGGAAGUGUGUCGCGAAAUGGGGCACCAUGGUCGAGAUCGGCAAGCGUGACCUGCUGGAGAACGCGAAGCUAAGCAUGAACCACUUCCUGGACAACCGUACCUACUGCUGUCUGGACGUCGACCAGAUGAGAAACGAGCGGCCCGAAAUCAACAACCGUCUCCUCCGUUUUAUCCUGGACUGCUGCGCCGACGGCCGCCUGAAGCCUGUCCGCGUGGACCAGGUCUUCCCGGCCUCCGCCAUCCUGGAUGCCUUCCGCUACAUGCAGGGAGGCAAGCACAUCGGCAAGAUCGUGAUCCAGCUGCGCGACGACAACUCUAAGCUGCUCCUUGACCACGUCGAUUUCACCAAGCGAGCGCAGGUCCAGUUCGACGGCGACGCCUCGUACCUGCUGAUCGGCGGCCUGGGCGGCCUGGGCCGCGCAAUGUCGGUCUGGAUGGUGGAGCGCGGGGCCAAGCACCUGACCUUCCUGGCGCGCAGCGCGGGCAAGGGCGCGCACGACGAGACCUUCCGCAAGGAGGUCGAGAGCAUGGGGUGCUCGGUGCAGUUUGUGCGGGGCGACGUGUCCAAGGCGGAGGACGUGGCGCGCGCCAUCGACGGCGUCGACGCGCCCCUCAAGGGCAUCGUGCAGAUGUCCAUGGUGCUCCGCGACUGCAUGUUCGAGGACAUGAGCAUCGAGGACUGGGACACCGCCGUCCGCCCCAAGGUCCAGGGCACCUGGAACUUGCACAACGUUACCGUCGAGCGCGGCCUCAAACUCGACUUCUUCCUGCUGUUCAGCUCCCUGUCCGGCGUGCUCGGCCAGAUCGGCCAGGCCAACUACGCCGGCGCCAACACCUUCCUCGACGCCUUCGUGCAGUACCGCGACAGCAUGGGUCUGCCGUGCUCCGCUAUCGACCUCGGAGCCAUGGAGGGCAUCGGGUAUCUGGCCGAGAACCAGGAGCUGCUCCGCAAGAUGCAGGGCUCUGGCUGGCGCCCCGUGCGCGAGGCCGAGCUCCUCGAGUCGCUCAACCUGGCCAUGAUGUCGCCGGCGGGCCGCAAGCAGGGCAGCAGCGGGGUGUUCGUGCUGGGCGUGGCGCCGACGACGCCGCUGAGCAGCCCGGACAGCAGCACGCGGCUGCGCAAGGACCGCCGCAUGGCCAUCUACCACAACACAAGCAGCAGCGGCAGCGCGGCGGCCGCGACCAACGACGGCCUGCGCGUCUUCCUCGCCUCGAUCAAGAGCGACCCCAGCGUCCUCGACUCGCCCGAGUCGGUCGCCCUGCUCGGCACAGAGAUCGGGCGCAAGCUUGCCGGCCUGCUGCUCCUCAGCGACCAGGCCGUCGACCUCACCGUGAGCACCGCGGACCUCGGCCUCGAUUCGCUGGUCGCCGUCGAGCUGCGCGGCUGGUGGAAGCUGACCUUCGGCUUCGACAUCAGCACCCUCGAGAUGCUGAGCAUGGGCACCCUCGAGGCCCUGGGCAAGCGCGCGGCAGAUGGGCUCAAGUCCUUCUAUGGGGCCUAG